GAAGGCGCGUCCUGACCGUGCGUGUCCCGCGCGUGUUUUGCUUCGACGCGUCUUGAUUUAAAAGCCUCCCACCCCUCUUCCCAGGCCGCUUUCACACCCAUUCUUCACGCGUCGAGAUACCCACAUCCACCUAAUUACUUUACGCUUCCAAGAUGUUUGUUCACAAGCGCGAUGGACGUAAAGAGCGCGUUCAGUUCGACAAGAUCACAGCCCGAGUGUCGAGGCUAUGUUACGGCCUCGACCCGGACCAUGUCGACCCUGCUGCCAUCACAAUGAAGGUCAUCUCGGGUGUCUAUCAUGGUGUCACGACGGUCGAGCUGGAUAACUUGGCCGCUGAGACAGCAGCAUACAUGACUGUCACACAUCCCGACUAUGCAAUUCUCGCCGCGCGUAUUGCCGUGUCCAACCUCCACAAGCAGACUAAGAAGCAAUUCUCGUCUGUGGUACAAGACCUGCACGAUUAUAUCAACCCAAAGAAUAACAAGCACCAACCGAUGAUAUCGGAUGAGGUCUACAACAUCAUACAAAAGCACGCCGAAGAGCUCAACUCGGCUAUUGUAUACGACCGCGACUUCAACUACCAAUUCUUUGGGUUCAAGACCCUGGAGCGAUCAUACCUUCUCCGCAUCAAUGGCAAGGUAGCCGAGCGUCCACAGCACAUGCUGAUGCGUGUAGCUGUGGGCAUCCACGGCGAGGAUAUUGAGAAGGCUAUCGAGACCUACGACAUGAUGUCGCAGAAGUUCUUCACGCACGCUUCGCCAACACUUUUCAAUGCGGGUACACCGUCUCCUCAAAUGUCGUCUUGCUUCCUGAUCGACAUGAAGGAAGACAGCAUCGAGGGUAUCUACGACACGUUGAAGACGUGCGCCAUGAUCUCCAAGACUGCUGGCGGUAUUGGUCUGAACGUGCACUGCAUUCGUGCCACCGGCUCAUACAUCGGAGGAACCAACGGUACCUCCAACGGUCUCAUUCCUAUGCUUCGUGUCUACAACAACACUGCUAGGUACGUUGACCAGGGUGGCAACAAGCGUCCGGGUGCCUUCGCCAUCUACCUGGAGCCGUGGCACGCAGACGUGUUUAGCUUCCUUGACUUGCGAAAGAACCACGGCAAGGAGGAGGUACGUGCGCGUGACCUGUUCUAUGCUCUUUGGGUACCGGACCUGUUCAUGAAGCGUGUCCAAGAGAAUGGCGAGUGGACUCUGUUUUGUCCCAGCGAGGCCCCUGGUCUCGCAGAUGUCUACGGUGAGGAGUUCGAGGCUCUGUACGCCAGGUACGAAGCUGAGGGCCGUGGACGUGAGACCAUCCGUGCCCAGAAGCUGUGGUAUGCUAUCCUCGAGGCUCAGACUGAGACCGGAAACCCCUACAUGCUCUACAAGGACGCUUGCAACCGCAAGAGUAACCAGAAGAACCUCGGAACUAUCCGCAGCUCCAACCUCUGCACUGAGAUCAUCGAGUACACCGCCCCUGACGAGGUCGCCGUAUGCAAUCUUGCCUCUCUCGCCCUCCCUAGGUUUGUCGACGAGAAGAAUGGCGUGUUUGACUUCCAGAAGCUUCACGAAGUCACUCAGAUUGUCACUCGCAACUUGAACAAGAUCAUCGAGGUCAACCACUACCCCGUCCCGGAGGCUCGUAAGAGCAACUUCAGGCACCGGCCCGUCGGUCUCGGUGUACAAGGUCUUGCUGAUACCUUCCUGUCUCUUCGUAUGCCUUUCGAAUCUCCCGAGGCUAAGAAACUCAACAUCCAGAUCUUUGAGACCAUCUACCACGCAGCUUUGACUUCGUCCUGCGACCUGGCCAAGGAGCUCGGACCGUACGAGACAUAUGAAGGGUCUCCUGUUUCUCAGGGCAUUCUCCAAUACGACAUGUGGAACGUCACCCCCACCGACUUGUGGGACUGGGCGUCUUUGAAGGAGAAGAUUGCCCAGCACGGUGUCCGCAACUCUUUGCUCGUGGCACCCAUGCCGACAGCCUCUACUUCGCAGAUCCUCGGGUACAACGAGUGCUUCGAGCCCUACACUUCCAACAUCUACUCUCGUCGCGUGUUGGCUGGUGAGUUCCAGGUCGUCAACCCUUGGUUGCUCAAGGAUCUUGUCGACAUGGGCCUCUGGUCAGACAACAUGAAGAACCGAAUCAUCGCCGAUGGUGGUUCCAUCCAGCGCAUCCCCAACAUUCCCGAUGAGAUCAAGGCCCUGUACAAGACCGUUUGGGAAAUCUCGCAGCGUAACAUCAUUCAGAUGUCCGCUGACCGUGGUGCCUUCAUCGAUCAGUCUCAGUCGCUGAACAUUCAUAUGAAGGAGCCUACCAUGGGCAAGAUCACGUCCAUGCACUUUGCCGGUUGGAAGCUUGGGCUGAAGACUGGAUUGUACUACCUACGAACCAUGGCUGCCUCUGCUCCUAUCCAGUUCACUGUAGACCAGGAGGCGUUGUUGGUCCAAGACACCAACGUCGCUAAGUCCCUUGCGGGCAAGCGACGACUCCUUGGUGCUAGCACCUCACCGUCACCGACUCCUAUUCCUCAGCCAAUGUUCGCCUCCAAGACUGCCAAUGGCGCUGCCAACGGAGUUGCGUCGCCCAACGGUGUCCCAACCCCAUCAGCAACACCGCCUAUCAGCUCAGAGAAUAAGCAGUUGAACGGCACAGCUAAGGACGCGCUCGCCAACAAGCCUUUCAAAGCUGACGUGCCUGAGGGGGAGAGCCCCAAGGUCAUUGCAGCCGAGUCUACUGGCAAGCUUCCCGAUGACGAGGCUCUGCCGGAAGCAGCGUCCACGCAGGAGGAAGAUGGCAAGGAGAGCACCGAUCGCGAGGGAGACAUAUACUCCGACGCUGUUCUCGCUUGCUCAAUAGAGAACAAGGAGGCUUGCAUCAUGUGCAGUGGUUAGAGGCGAGAGUUUAUGAUGCGACGUGUACAGGUAGAUAUUUCACGGAGAUGGACAGGCGACUGUCUUGUACUAUUUCCACGUGUUCAUGGCUAUGGCGUUCAUGGGUACCGACUUGGUUAACGCGGAGGAAAUGAUUGAUUUACGAUGUUGGCAUGUUAUUUAGCUUGAGCACAACUUAAUUCAGACAGUAACAUUAUUCGUUCCGUUAUUG